AUGGCUGGAAGGGCUGGGACCCCACCAACCAGGGUCAUCCUGCAGCACCUCAGUGAGGGAGCAGGCCAGGCUGGAGAUGAUGGCAGGCUUGACCAGGUGACAUCACCAGAAAAAGGCCUCUCUUUGCUAGGCUACCAUCUGUGCAACUAUAGCCUGACAAGAAAUGUGUUUAAAAUGGUUGCCUAUCAAAAGUCCUAUGAGAAAAACACUUCCUGUGGAGGAUGGAUUCCAUGGAUGUUUUGUCCUCAGACAUACUAUAAAACUCAGUAUCACACUGUUGAAGUUCCUGAGACUAUGAAUCUUACAGAUUGCUGUGAAGGAUAUGAACAAGUUGGACUCUACUGCUCUUUGGCACUCAAUAGAUCCAGUGUGUUUUCCUCAAGACCUGGUGUUUGUCCAACGGAGAAUAUGGAAACAUCUGAUUAUCCUUGCACAUUUGAUACUGAAUGUCCGGGACUUAAAAAAUGCUGCAACACAUCCAAAGGAGCAGCCUGUGUGGAUCCAAUGCCAGAGGAAAGAAUAUUCUGGUACAAUGUGACAGUGCUUGUUAAAAUGGAUUUUAGUGAAUUAAUCAGAGUGGAUCCCCACCUUUUGAAUCAUUCACGCCUGUUACACUCCAUGAUUACUGGAGCGUUACAGCCCUUGAACGCCUCUGUGUAUCAUAUCCAGAGUAACCAUGAAAAUAUAUAUGCUGGGACAGUGGCCUCUCAGGUUCUCACUGGAUUGCAUCAACCAGUUCCGUUAGUGGAUGUUUCUUCUUCCUUGAAGAACAUUGUGAAACGUGUAUAUGAAGUGCUUGACACAGAUGUACAAGAUGUCAAUGAAUGUUCCUAUGCUGAGUUCAAUGCUUGUCCUAAGAGAGACACCUGUGUAAAUCUGGAGGGUUAUUACACCUGCAGCCCUGAGCAGGAACACGCUGAUGUCAACCCUCAGCAGAUGAAUACAAGAAAGGAAGGCAUAGUAACAGCUAUUCCAACUGCAACGCUGGAUCCCAUUAACACCAGCAAUAGCUCUCAGUCUAUAAGUAAUUCAACUCUCUUGUCCAUGACUAACCAAUCUACUGAGGCUGGAUGCUAUCCUCCUUCCAUUAGAAACCACCGUAUCUUCAGUGUUACCAGCAGCAGUUUUGAAAUGUCUUGGCACAUCACUUCCACUCUAAACCAUACUUUCCAAGUCCAAGUGUUCAAGGACAAGGAGAUUGUACAAAACCUGAAGACAGAGGAAAUGAAAAUAGAGGUGUCUGGAUUGGAAACAGGUGUAAUGUAUGCAGUAGAGAUCGGCUAUGAAACCUGUGGAAAAAACAGCAUCUCCCGUCAAAAUGUUAGAACUGAGGCCAAGAUAUUUGGUGUCACUAUGAGGAUCCUGAACUACAACUUCACUGAGGAUUUCUAUGAUGUCAGUAGUUCAGCAUAUCAAGAAUUUUCAAGGCUGUUGUUGACAGAGAUUGGAAAUUCGUUUCCACCCAACAUUUCUGCCUUAUACAAAUCUGGGAAGCUGAAAGUGCAAAUUGAAUCUCUGCAAGCUGGAAGUAUCAUUGUGAGACUCAGAAUCACUGUACAGGAUCUCGAAUUUCCAGUUGAUGCCUCUACAUUUGCCCCAAUGCUUUCUUACCUCUACAAUCGUUCUGGACUUUUGGUGGAUCAACAAAACACCUCAGUAGAAGACUGGGAUGAAUGUGCUUCUCAAUCUGAGAAUGACUGCUCCAUGUUUGCAGAGUGCAUUAAUUUGAUGGGCUCGUACCUGUGUCGAUGCAAGACAACCAUGGACAUCAAUCCAUCCCGACCUGGAAGAAACUGUGAAGGUGAAAUUGUGAACCCUCUUACUGAAACGAUGGCCCCUGAAGCAACAGGCACCACAGAGAUUGCUCCUGAAGUAAGCACCGCAGAUUCUGCUUCCCUGGCCAUCACUGAGAUGGAAGUCACAGCUGCUGUAGGCUCCAAGAUGAGCACUACCAUCCAUGUCCCUGCUGUACUGCCCCUGAGUGACAAGCAAGCACCCCCCAGCCAUUCUCCUACCAAUGCUCCUCCAGCCACUUGGAAAAAAGACCUGUCAUCACAGAUUGGCUUUGGCAGCGAAAACAGUUCCAUGGCCAUGAGGGCCACAGCCAGCAAGGAACUGGCUGUGACUGCAGAGCAGCAGGCAGCUGUAAGUCUGUCACAGCAAAUCUUAGUGGGAGAGGCUACCCCUGGUGUACUGCAACAAGUGUCCGCUCUCACAAAUGCACCCAGGCGCUUGGCUGGGCAAAAGCAACUCAGUUUGGCAGUGCCAGUGUUAUCAAACCAAACAGCCUCUGCUGCUAUGGUAAGACAUGCAGCUUUUGGUGUGCCUGAAGUAAGCUCUGAGAGUGGCCCCAGUACAACUCUGCUGGUCACAGGAGAUGCUGGAGUUCUUGCUCUCAAUACCACCCUCAAGAUACAUGUAAAGGCAGAAAGAAACAACAGCUCUUUGUCUGAGAUAAAUUUUGGAAUCCUGGGGUCAACAGCUUUGCCAGAGUUCUCUCGGGCUUCCAGCCCAACGCCAAGUCCAGCCACGGACCGCAUACCUGUCACAGCUUAAAUGAUUAUUGUCUCCAACGUGACAAAGACUAGUUUUCAUGUAAUGUGGUCCAUAGAGUCUAUGCAUUCCUGCUUUUCAAUUCUUGCUGCUUCUGUAAAAGUAGCCGCUGCGGAGACUGAAACUCAGUGCAGGAGCCUGACACUCUCAGGAUUGGAACCUGGUAUCUUAUAUGCUGUUGAAAUCAGGACAGAAAUGUGUAUGCAGGAAAGUAUAGCAGUAAAGCAGAAAGUGAAGACUGCUAUCUGGAAACUUAACGGAAUGGUGCGGAUAACAAAUGUGAAAUAUUCUCUGGGCUUUAGCAAUACAAACAGUGAGGAAUAUCAAAACUUUGCACAGCUUUUUGUUGAUGAAGUACAUAAAUCUCUGCCCCCUGAGCUUCUUCUGAAAAUGGAUGCUGGUCUGAUUAAAGUGCUGAUAACUGGUAUAACUAAUGGGAGCACAGUGGUAAGCUUCAAUUUACUGAUUGCAGAAGAUGUGGAUAUCUACUACAUCAUCACAGCUUUUCGUGAUGCCUUUGAACACAGCUCCUAUUUCACAGUUGACAAGAGCAGUCUCUCCAUAAAUGAUUAUGAUGAGUGCACAAUGGAAGAAGAUGACUGUUCCCCAGAUGCAUCAUGUCAUAACACACUUGGGUUUUAUGAGUGCAGCUGCAAUGAAGGAUUUGCUGAUAUGCAUCCAGAAAGGCCUGGAAGAAACUGUGAAGCACUUCCUAUCCACCAAGAGGCAACAAUGACGGAUAAGAAACCUGUAUACAACAUAGUUUUACCUGUGCCGUCUCUGCAGACUUCGACUCAUGUUUCAUUCCCUGCUGCACUGGGCUCCUCUACGACAGGGCACAAAGCUCUGGACAACACCAUCCUCUCUGAUAUGGUGUUGCCUCAUUUCACCACAGAUCCAAUGUCAACUUCUGAUUUUUCUCCUCAAACAUCUCCUCUUCCCCUUUUUAAACCUGCCCAGGAGGUUUCCAUUAAAGAUGCAGUUAGAGUGUUCUGUGAAAUCGAGAAGAUAGUCCUUACCAUCCAGAAGAGAUUUUUACAGCAGGAAUCUAUCCCCGAAUCCUCCCUCUACCUGGGGGAGCCUCGCUGCAAUGUAAGCAUCAGCAACGGCACUCAUGUUGUACUGCAGGCAGGCUGGGGCGACUGUGGCAUUGAAAUCGAGACGAAUGUGACUAAUACUGUAGUAAAAACAAUACUUCGAAAUGACAUUUCUUCUCAGGGAGUAAUCCACCACUUAAAAGUUGCCAGUCCAAUUCACUGUGUGUUUCAGAAUGAUGUCUUGACUUCAUCCGCAUACAUUGCAGAAGGAAUUUACACCAUAUUUGAGGAUUUACAUGGCUCUGGACUCUUCAGAACAGAAAUGCAGUUGUUCAUUGGAAACUACCCAAUACCUAAAAAUUUCAGUGUUUCUGCCAGUGAUGAUAUACUGAUUGAAGUGGGGAUCCAGAGAGAGAACACUAAGCUCAAGGUGGUACUCACUGACUGCUGGGCAACUCCAACUAGUAAUUCGAUGGAUCCCCUCUCAUUCACUUUUAUCAACAACAGCUGUCCCAUCCCAAACACGUAUACUACAUUACUAGAGAAUGGAAAUUCAAGUAAAGCACAGUUUAAACUGAAAAUUUUUUCCUUUGUCAACAAUUCUGUGGUUUACCUACACUGCAAAGUUCAUAUUUGUAUGGAGACUCCAGGAAGUACCUGCAGGAUGAGAUGUCGUGGCGUUCGAUCCCUGAAAACUGGUGAAACAAUUGCUACACACAGAACGUCCUGGGGACCCCUAUGUAAAUCUGCUGGUGAGUUAAGAAUAGAUGAGGCUGGGCUAGGAGUUGGAUACACCAUCCUUAUUGUCCUUGCUGCAUUUGUUUUUGUGCUGGGAGUUGCAGGCCUUUUCAUUUUCCGGUACCAACAAAAGACAGGAAGAUACAAUUUCAGAAUCAAGUCUGACAACUUCAGCUACCAAGUGUUCUACGAUUAGCUAUUUUCAAGAUAUGAGAAAUGGAUCGCAUCUCAUCACAUAAAGAACAGCAGCUUGUCUUCACUCAGUGGUUGGCUUUUAUUACUCUUCAUGAUGGUGGUCACAGCUGGUUGCAUCACCGAUUUUUGAAGCUAAUGUCAUAUAUUGAAGGAUUCUGUAUCCCUCUGAUUUUUUUGUCAGCAGCUCUAGAUUGAAGUGAGCUUGUUUGGCAGCUUUUCCAUUAAAAACAACAAAAGGGAAAAGGAAAAGACUUCAUGGUUCUCUAUUCAUGUUCCACUGUCUGGCUCUCCCACUAUGUCAUGCUGCAAUGUGCCCUUCUUAUAUUACCUGUGUGUAUGCCUGUUGACAAGCUUGAUGUUUCUAUAAAUACUCUAGGAAUUAAAUCAGCAAAGCC